GACAUUUUAAUUGGUAAUGGAACGUUCGAUCUGAAUGCCAGUACUGUGGUUAUGUACCUGGCGUGCCCUAGUGUGUCGACAACCUGGUGUGGUUGCACGAUCACCCAGAUUCGUUUCUUUAAUUUAUUAUAAUUUUUUAAAUAUCAGGUGAAAUUGAUGUAAAAUUACCAUUAACUUUAUUUUCUAUCUCCACUUGAAAACGCUUAUUGGUGCUGUUCUGAGACUUCUUGUUCUUCCUCGGUGAAUCUUUACCCAACAGCCAAGAAAUUACUUAUUUUAUACCUUUAUUAAUUUCUUUUAACCCAAACAAAUUACGUUUAUGCAUGAGUGGUUUCUCUUUUAUUUUGAAGGUGGCCAACGCCGCUCGCGGGCGACAGAUUACCGUAAUGCACAGUAUUGACAAUUGCAGUGGCGGCUCACUUGACUUCGAUUUUGCGAGUGGAGGCUGGCUUGACCGCAGUUGCAGCUGGACCCUUCUCUGCCAUUGACGUCGUGUGUAAUGGUCGAUCGGCUUCAGGGAGUGUUGCAAAUAUUUUCCUUGUAAUUCACACUUAUAGAUGUGCUUUGUGCGUGUGUGCAAAUGAUCAGAUGCAGGGGACAGAACCGGAAACCGGGAGCUCUUACAUGCCCAGAUUACUCCAGAGUUACUCUUCUGUUAACAUUAGGAUCUCCGCCCGACUUUUGCCGAAACAACUCGAGCUCUUUGCCGCGGAACCAGCACAUCGGUGCGCUGACGGAACUGUACCGUAGGAAAACAACAUUUCUACAAGUUCGUACUUAAUCGAAACGCAGCUGCAGGAACUCGAUGCGUGUUGGGAACCGGCCCCUGCGCUCUCAGCUCAAGCUAAUGGAUGCAAGGAGACAAACAAGGAACCAGGAAGAUAGGAGCUUUUACCGUGUAAUGACGUUGUGGUCCUCUCUGCUGACUGCAAAGUCCUCCGAUAGCCUGCUGCAGUAGUCUUCUCAUUGGUGGAAGGCGGCUAUCCACCAACAUGCAGCUGACCUAUCAGAAGCUGCUCGCUCAGGCGAGGCGGCGUUUGCGACCCCGGCACCUGGCAGUGGCUCUGCUAACAGCCUAUGCCAUCAAAAAGCUGUUGCCGUAUGUCCGCAGGCAGAACCAGGGCAGGGCUAAACUUCCUGUGGGCACGGUGAAUGACUCCACCACUGCAAAUGUGGACAAACUGAAGGGGAGCAACAACAGGUCUCCAUCAAUGAACAGGGAGUUCAUUGUUCGACUUGCUCGGCUAUUGAAGUUGUUAUUUCCACGGUUACUUUGUCCUGAGGUGGCUGUGCUCGUCCUGCAUUCGCUCACUCUCAUCUCCAGAACCUUCUUGUCCAUCUAUGUCGCCACUCUGGAUGGCAUAAUCGUCAAGAGCAUCGUGAAGAAGGACUCGCGUGCCUUCUUAUUGCAGCUCCUCAAGUGGCUCCUUGUUGCCGUUCCCGCAACUUUCAUCAACAGUGCCAUCAGGUUCCUGGAAGGUCAACUGACCCUUCGUUUCCGGAGUCGGCUGGUCAACCACGCAUACCAACUUUACUUCAGCAACCAGACGUACUACCGAGUCAGCAACAUGGACGCCCGACUGUCGAAUCCGGACCAGUCUCUGACAGAAGACAUUGUGAUGUUCUGCGCCUCAGUGGCCCACCUCUACUCCAACUUGACCAAGCCCAUUCUGGACGUGGCCGUCACUGGCUACACACUUCUGCGCACUGCUCACUCCAAAGGAGCCAAUACUACCUGGCCCUCAGUUAUUGCUGGCCUUGUAGUGGUACUCACAGCCAAAGUGCUCCGCUCGUGUUCACCUCACUUUGGUAAGCUGGUCGCUGAGGAAGCGCGGCGUAAGGGUGACCUGAGGCACAUGCACUCACGCAUCAUUGCCAACGCUGAAGAGAUUGCCUUCUACGGAGGACACCAGGUAGAGAUGGCCCAGCUGCAGAAGAGCUACAAGGCAUUGUCCCAUCAGAUCCACCACAUCCUGGUCAAGCGUCUGUGGUAUGUCAUGCUGGAACAAUUCCUAAUGAAGUACAUGUGGAGCGCCUCAGGCCUACUCAUGGUCGCCGUACCCAUCGUCACUGCCACUGGAUACGCCGAACAUGACUCUGAUGAGGUGAAGCAAGCAGCCAUGGUGAUGAAGGAGGAGGAGCUUGUGAGUGAAAGGACACAAGCCUUCACCACUGCCAGAAACUUGCUCAAUGCUGGGGCUGAUGCCGUGGAAAGGAUUAUGAGCUCCUACAAGGAGGUCACAGAGCUAGCUGGCUACACUGCUCGUGUCUCAGAGAUGUUGGAUGUCUUUGAGGAUGUCACAGAAGGAAUCUACCAACGCUCCUCAGAGAGAGACCAAGCAGGCCACAGAGUCUGUAGCCAUCUGGAGACGCGAGGUCAGGUGGUCAGUGUGGAUAAGGGUAUUCGAUGCGAAAACCUGCCCAUCAUCACACCGACAGGAGAUGUGGUUGUGUCCAGCCUCAACAUUCAGGUGGACGAGGGCAUGGAUGUGUUGAUCACGGGACCUAACGGAUGCGGCAAAAGUUCUUUGUUCAGGAUUCUCAGCGGACUGUGGCCAGUUUAUGGAGGUGUUCUUUCACGACCAGAACCAGAACAGAUGUUCUACAUACCGCAGAGGCCCUACAUGUCCGAGGGAACGCUGAGGGAUCAGUUGAUCUAUCCAGACUCUGUGGAGCAAAUGGCCAACAAAGGAAUGACAGACUCGUGUCUGAAGGAGAUCCUUUGCACCGUGCACCUUCUCUACAUCUUGGAGAGGGAGGAAGGUUGGGAGUCAGUCAACGACUGGAAGGACGUCCUGUCAGGAGGAGAGAAGCAGCGUAUGGGAAUGGCUCGCAUGUUCUACCACAAGCCCAGCUACGCUCUGCUGGAUGAGUGCACCAGCGCCGUGAGUAUCGACGUGGAAGGCAGCAUCUUCCAGGCUGCAAAGGAGGCUGGGAUAUCCCUGCUCUCAAUCACCCAUAGACCCUCCCUCUGGAAGUACCACUCUCACAUUCUGCAGUUUGAUGGCGAAGGCGGCUGGCGCUUUGAGCGUCUGGACGCAACCACUCGUUUGUCUCUGCAGGAAGAGAAGCGGCGUCUGGAAAGCCAACUGUCAGGAAUCCCCAAGAUGCAGCAGCGUCUGUCUGAGCUCUAUGUCCUGCUGGGGGAGGGGCAUUGUGAGGCUCCACCCAACCAGCACGCUGCUCUCUCCUGAGAUAUGGGUAGAUAGAUAGGAUGAUGGGGCCUUCACGAGACUACCGUACACGAAGGAUUGUUUUUCAACAAGACAACUUGAGUAUUUGUGUUUCAAAAUGUUUUAAAAAAUCCAAUCAGCUUCCUGGUGACUACCUUUGUUUUAAGAAGCUUUUCAAAAUAAAAGUUUGCGAAGGGA